AAAGAACAGGGAGAGUCCAUAAAUUAUGGAAGUGAAAAACCAGAGGCCAACAUUGUCGCACUCCAUCAUUUGAAAUUCUGAUUUUCCAGUUCCAAUUUCCGUACUGAAAAUCUUAGAACGAGAGAGAGGGGAGAGAGGAGAGGUCUUAAAAUGCAGCAACAAAAUUGCAAGAGGAGAUUACAGCCAGUUCUACCGAAGCGGAUAAUCCUAAUGCGGCAUGGCGAGUCCGAAGGGAAUCUCGAUCACGCCGCCUACACCACCACCCCCGACAACAAAAUCCCACUCACCCAAGAGGGCCUGGCACAGGCCCGGCUCGCCGGGGCCGAGCUCCACCGCGUCGUCUCCGACACCACCGGCGCCGACAGCCCCAACUGGCGCAUCUACUUCUACGUCUCCCCUUACGAGCGGACGCGGUCCACGCUCUGCCAGAUCGGACGGUCAUUCUCCAGGACGCGGAUCAUCGGGGUCCGCGAGGAGUGCCGGAUACGGGAGCAGGAUUUCGGGAACUUCCAAGAGCAGGAUCGGAUGAAGGCCACUAAGGAGACCAGGGAGCAGUUCGGCCGGUUCUUCUACCGGUUUCCGGAGGGGGAGUCCGCCGCCGACGUCUACGAUCGCGUUUCGAGUUUUCUUGAAUCCUUAUGGAGGGACAUAGACAUGAACAGGCUUCGCCACGACCCUUGCCACGACCUCAAUCUUAUAAUAAUAUCGCACGGGUUAGCAUCACGCGUCUUCCUCAUGAAGUGGUUCAAGUGGACGGUCGAGCAAUUUGAGCUCCUAAUCAACCUUGGAAAUUGCGAAUUUCGAGUGAUGCAAUUAGGAAAGGGUGGAGAGUACAGCUUAGCAAUUCAUCACACUGAGGAAGAACUACAAGAAUGGGGUCUCUCACCCGAAAUGAUAGCGGACCAAAAGUGGCGAGCCCGCGCCAACAGGGUUGAUUGGACUGAACGUUGCCCCUGGUACCUUGAUUCAUUUUUCGACCAACUAGCUGAGUCGGAAGAAGACAACGGAGACAGUGACGACAUUUGGCAUGAAACUGAUGAAAAAAUUCCGCAAACGAAUUGAUUAUGCAAUUUUAGCAUAUGAACAUAGGCUGCCCCAGCAAUUGGGUUGGGAAUCCCUUUGAUUUGACCUUGUACUUAGGGCUGGUUUGGUAUUACUGUGUUUUGAAAAUAAACUGCUUCUGCUGUACUGUGAGAAUAAGCAGCUGUGAAAUAAAGCAGCAUAAUGUUUGGUAAA